UCCCGUACCACAAGUCUUGGUCGACCUCAACGCAAUGGCCGACCCGUCGCGAUCCACCAGCAGCGGGGCGGCGAAGAAGCCGUCGCCGAGGAAUCCUCGGUGCGCCGCAUGCAAGUUUCUCCGGCGUGCUUGCUCGCCGGAGGAGUGCCGGUUGGCGCCCCACUUCCCGGCCAGCCAGCCGGAGCGCUUGCAGAGCGUGGAGCGCGUCUUCGGCAUGAGGAAAGUGCUGGAGCUGGCUCACAAGGCCGGGCCGGAAUACCUCGACGACAUCCUCAGCUCCAUCGUCUACGAGGCCGAGGCGUGGGGCAGAGAUCCCGUCUGGGGUCCCACCGGCGUCGUGGGAGCCCUCGAGCUCGAGAUAGGGACCGCGCGCGCCGACCUCGCCGUGCUCCAGGGCCAAGACCAGGACCAGCCGCCGGCGGUGGCCACGCUCCCCGAGCCCGAGCUCGUCGUCCACCCGCCGACGAUGGCGCAGGAUGAGUCGAAGCCGUCCUCGACGACCUCGUCAUCAAGCGGGACGACGACGACGACGACGAAGAAGAAGAACAAGCCUAGAUGCGCCGCGUGCAGGUACCUUUCGAGGAGUUGUUGGCCGGAGUGCUUGCUGGCGCCCUACUUCCCGGCCGGCCAGCCACCGGCGCAGUUCGGGAAUGUGCACCGCCUCUUCCGCCUCAACAACGUCCUCCGGAUGAUGGAGGAAACCAGGCGGGAGGAGAGGGACGAUCUCAUGGCGGCUAUCGUCUACGAGGCGGAUGCUUGGGCCAGGGACCCCCGGUACGGCGUCGCCGGCGUCGUGCGGAGCCUAACGAACGAGCUCGCCCGCGUCCGCCUCGACGAAAUCGCCUUCCACCUCCUCGGCACCGACGAGACCUACGACGGCUACAAGGAGGAGGACGCGCUCGCCGUCGACCCCGUGAGCGGCGCCCAAGCGGGCAUCGGGGUGCUCGGUGGCUCGGGCGCGGACCUCCAAGAGAAUACCGGCAUCCUCCUCGGCGCCGACGAGCCAGGCCCAGGCGAGCUCGCCGUCGACCCAAUCAAAGACGUCUUCGACAUCGACAGGUUACUCGCCGUCGACGAUGACUUGUCCUCCGGGACCCAGCCCUGAUACCACCGCCGGCGACAAUUAAUGGAAGAUUACUCACUGUAUAUCAUCAUGGGGAAUGUUGCAGAGCAAGGAGGACGAAGCAGAAAAGGCAGGUAGAAAUGAGGUGUAUGGACUGCAGCAUGGAUGGUGUUUGAGAAGAAGGAUACAAUGGUCAAGAUGCAGAAUGGGUUUUUGUAGCCUGGAAUGUGAUACUGCCAUGACCAUGCUGCUAUCUUCCAUGAAAGAUGCAGAAAGUGUUCUUUUGUCGCCUGGAAUGUGAUAUUGGGGCUCGAGAAAAUGGAUAUUUGGCUACGUUCAAAACUGGGUUUCGCUAUUAUGCCAUCCUCAAAACGUGAUUCGAUAAAAUACUAUUUCCGAGCA